CCUGUGGCUCCUGCCCAGCGCUCUCUGCCCUCUUUCCCCUUCUCCUCCCCACGCUUGUUUACCCGUCCCAGAGAGCUCGGGCUACGCCUCCCUCCGUCCCCGGCCGCCUUCCCCGCCAGCGAACUCUUCCCUUCCCCGCCAUUGAGAGGGAAAGAAGCCAGUCUUUGGGGUCGUAUUCUCCUCCUCUCCUCGGGCGUCUCUGUUCCGAUUUUUCCCCUCGAGGAAAAGUUUCCUUCCAGGCUGCUGCUGAGGACCGUGUUUCUUUGUUUUAAAUUGAUGCCAUUUUUGCUGCCUUUUGGCCUGCCCGGCUGUGGCCCGAGUGUGCGGCAGCCCUGCCUUGCCUCCUCCCACCCCUCCGGUGGGCGGGGGUGGCGGCUUGGUUUUUUCGUUUUGCCAUGCAAAGCGGGGAGCCCAUGCCGGCAGCUACGGUUGUUACGGCGAUGAAGGUGUCGGAGAGCGAAGGCAAGCUGGAGACUUUCCUCCCGGCCCAAAACUGCUCCAGCAAGUGCAGCAGCAGCAGCAGCAUCGGCGGAGGUGGUGGGCUUAACAGCAGCCGAGGAGGAAGCGGUAGCAAAGUGUGGCAGUACAGUGAUCACAUGGAAAACAUUUCUGGCUAUUUAAUGAAAUAUACAAAUCUUGUAACAGGCUGGCAGUACCGGUAUUUUGUCUUAAACAAUGAAGCUGGCCUCCUAGAGUAUUUUGUGAAUGAACAGUCCAGAAACCAGAAACCUAGAGGUACCUUGCAGCUGGCUGGAGCUGUGAUAUCUCCUAGUGAUGAAGAUUCUCAUACUUUUACAGUGAAUGCUGCCAGUGGAGAACAGUAUAAACUGAGAGCUACGGAUGCCAAAGAAAGACAGCAUUGGGUCAGCAGGCUUCAGAUAUGCACACAACACCACACUGAAGCAAUUGGAAAGGUAUUGUCUGUAACAAACACUAACAAUCCUCCUCUGAAAUCUCGCAGCUUCUCUCUCGCCUCUCAAGGAAGUGGCUCUCCUGGUAUGCAGAGAAGACCCAGCCAAAAUGCAGCUUCCUUUUUCAGUGUUGGCCAUCACAAGUUGCCAGCUGGGAAGAGAAUUCCCAUUCUGCAGCCAGAUCACUUAAUUGAUGUACGAGAGAAGAUGUCUCAAGCUGAAGGACAGCAGAGAGAUUUGGUAAGAAGUAUUGAAUGCCUUCCUGCCUCCGGUCAUCUUUCCUCCUUAGACCAAGACCUACUGAUGCUCAAGGCAACCUCCAUGGCAACAAUGAAUUGUUUAAAUGAUUGUUUUCACAUUCUCCAGCUGCAGCAUGCAUCGCAACAAAAGGGAUCCUUAUCUACUGGAACAACAAUCAGCUGGUUGGAACCAAAGAUUUCUUUGCCAAAUCACUUCAAAAAUGGAGCUGAUCAGAGUUUCCCUGCAGAUCAAACGAAGCCAGAAUCAGUCAGACUGGAACAGUCCAGUUCCGAAUCUGGUCAGCUAACCAGGGAACCAGAGGAAAUAAAUCCAGAAGAUGAGUUGGAAGACACAUGUGAGAAUAAAGAAGAUGACCUUGGAGCUGUGGAAGAACAGCGCAGUGUUAUCUUGCACCUUCUUUCUCAACUCAAACUUGGCAUGGACUUAACAAGAGUGGUUCUUCCCACUUUUAUUUUAGAGAAGCGUUCUUUGUUGGAAAUGUAUGCCGAUUUCAUGUCCCAUCCAGAUCUGUUCAUUUCCAUUUCCAAUGGCACAAGUCCUGAGGAGAGGAUGAUCCGUUUUGUUGAGUAUUAUCUCACUUCCUUUCACGAAGGACGCAAAGGGGCAAUUGCCAAAAAACCAUACAAUCCAAUCAUCGGGGAAACAUUUCACUGUUCAUGGAAGAUGGGGAAGAGCGAUGUACUGAAUGCCACUAAUAGUAACUCUUCAUCUCAUUCUGCCUCCGAGCAAGUGCCUGUUUCAGAAGAGAGCCAGACUCAAGAAGAGUCAGACUCUUACACUGUCCGAUUUGUCGCAGAACAAGUGUCUCAUCAUCCUCCGGUCUCAGGGUUCUAUGCUGAAUGUGUGGAGAGAAAGAUGUGCGUUAACGCCCAUGUUUGGACAAAAAGUAAAUUCCUAGGCAUGUCAAUAGGAGUAACCAUGGUUGGUGAAGGUACUUUAAGUCUUCUGGAACUUGGAGAGGAAUACACGUUCUCCUUGCCUUGUGCAUAUGCUCGAUCAAUUUUGACAGUUCCCUGGGUAGAACUGGGAGGGAAAGUCAGUGUUAAUUGUGCAAAAACGGGGUAUUCUGCAAGUAUUACGUUUCAUACCAAGCCUUUCUAUGGUGGCAAACUUCACCGGGUCACGGGUGAGGUGAAGCACAAUGCUACUAACACAGUGGUUUGUAAAGUACAAGGUGAAUGGAAUAGUAUUCUUGAGUUCACUUACAGUAAUGGAGAAACUAAAUGUAUGGAUUUGUCAAAGUUAUCUGUGACACGGAAAAGGGUGCGGCCAAUAGAAAAGCAAGGGCCUUUUGAGUCCAGGAAACUCUGGCAACAUGUGACGGAGUCCUUGAGGCAAGGGGACAUUGAAAAGGCCACCGAGCAUAAGAAAGCCCUUGAAGAACAGCAGCGAAAUGAGGAGAGGCUCCGGAUGGAGACAGGCACCCCUUGGCAGACGAAACACUUCGUUAAGGAUGGAGAUGGCUGGGUUUAUUAUAACCCUCUCUGGAAAAGGAUGGUUGCAGUACAAAAUCAUGAAGUGGACACUAACUAGACUUAUUUCUUCAUAAUAAUUCUUCUCUUUUGUCUAAUCUGUACAACUUCCAAAAUGCUGUAUCUUGAUUAUGAGUCCUUUUGGAUUUUUAUACAAUUGCACAAAAUUAAAUAAGCAGAAAAGAAUAAAACUUUUAGGGCACUUUAAAGUUAUAGGAAAUCAAAAGGUAGGAGAAAGGACAUUUCCGGCUAUGUUUCUGCUCCCUCAUUUAAAAACCAACCAUCUUUAUCUGGCACUCAACAUUUUAUUUGGACAUUGUCUUUUUAAGCACACUCUGCAAAAACUGUGUUAAAAAAACCACCAAACCAACCAACUUAGAUGCAGAGGCAUUGAGAAUUGGCUAGGCUAUUUUGCUCCAAUGGAUAUACAUCCGGAAUAAAACCAGAAAAGUGUUUUUAAAAUCUGGGGUUCAGUUUGCACCCAUAUCUGAACUACUUUAGUGCUCCUGUAAAGAGAAGCCACUUUUUUUUGCUGCUUUGGAUUACCUUUUGCUGAAAAUCAUGAAGAGGAAAACUUUUCAUAGAUCUGACCUUGGAAUCAGUAUUAUGAGAUGCCUGGAUCAGAACUUGACACUAAUUUUUAAAGUUGUUUCUUGGAGGGAAAUGUGUGCAUAGCUGUGGAAGAAUGGGGGAUUUGUGUAAGCUACAUCAUAUUUAAAAAAUUGUAGUGUAGAUUAGAAUUGUUAAGUAAGGGGUUUUUCCCCCCCUCCUGCCUGCAAAAAAUAAAAUAAAAUAAAGUGGAAGAGGAAGAUGGGGCAGAGGGUAAAAUUCAGAUCAAUUUCCAGCUGAUUUUUUCCCCCUAUUUCCUUCGUGAGCUGUUUGUAAUUGUUUUACGCUGUAAAUACCAUGAAAAUAUUUAGUCUCCUUAUAAAAGAAGAUUGAGACUUGAUUUAUGCAACUUUUUUUUCUUAAAAAAAAGUUGCUUUAUAUCUCUGCCCCUCUCUCUCCUCUUGCUCCUUGGGUCAUCGGCCAAAGUGAGUGGGUGACCUGAGCUGUUCAGGUGAGUAAUUUCCUUUCUGUUCUCUGUUCAUGGUCAAACAUUUUUAUGUGCCCAUCGAGUAGAGGGACCGUACCUUUAAUUUUUCUAUAGUACCCGAAGAGGCUUGCUUUUUUUGCUAUGGGGGUGCAUACAAAACCAAAUGCAAUCUGAUAUCAGGAACUCAUGGUCAGGUAAAUGUACCCCUUGUUUUUAUAUUACCAAUAUUUUAUUGAAGUCCAAGAAUUGCUGGCAAUUAAGAAUAGUACUGAUUUAUUGCUUUCAUUCUUAUUACUAUGAGCUACCUUAAUUUUUCUAAGAGUUGUGCCUUACUCUAUUUCUUAUGAUGUAGUCUUCCAAUCAGUGUAUAUACCAUAGUCAACAAAAAACAAAACAGCCUCUCCCUUCCAUCAUGAAAAUGUGUGUGUAUGUGUGUUUGUCAAGUGCUUUUAUUUUUCUUCCAUACACAGGGAUAUAUUAGUAUAUUUAACCACCCAAAUGUGGUUAAAUAACCACGCUUGUAUUCCACAAAGACUAAAAAGAACUCAGAGGAAUGAGCUGCCUACAGGUUGAUAUUUCCUGGUAUUUCUUUUUUUCUUUUUGUUGUGAAAUGCACUGAAACCUUACUGUGAGUUGUGUAUGAUACCAUGUGUGAUUAACGGGGAGGGACGGAAAUAAAAUGAUCAAAAGGAACUUUUUGUUUUCUCUGCUUUAAUAAUAACGAAGUAAUCUGAUUGUACUUGGGGCUGCAGAGGGUGGAUGCUAAGUUUCCUAAUGGCUUUUAAUUGCUGAUAGUAUCUCUCUUCUUCCUUCCAUAGAAAAACUCACAUGCCAGUUUAUAGUGACUCUAGAUAAUUGAGAUCUUGCAAGCAAGGGUUCAGCUUCCAGGAUCUUUAGAGUUCUGUUGAGUAAAAAUGUACUUGGAAUGUGUGAACAUUCAAUGAGAGGUGCCAAUCAAUGGGGAAAAAAUGUCAAGACAGUUCAUAAUUUUAAACAAAUUUAUCCCAAAAUAGGUUUCAACAGAACUUCAUUUUGGUUAUGAUACACAUUGCAGACAGUCACAUAUAUGCAAAUAACUGAAACUUAUGCAUGUAGAAAGUUUUAUGAUGUAAUCCAAUUGUAACUCAAGCUUUAUAUCAGGACGGGUCCAGUGGAUGCCUUAAAUUCACGAGGAGAACUAAGGAACUUGGAUGAGAAGGAUGUUU